GCCAGGACUCCCUUGACCCGAUCCGCUUAAAACGACUUGAAACUGGACGUUGAAAUCGUAGUUACAACACCAGAGAAACACCCAUAAAUAUGGCUUCCCGUUUGUGUGGACUCUCUGGGACCUCCUAUUUCAGACUGGAGUUUCUUUCCUGGUCAUACAGAGCUGUGAUUCUACAGAAGUUCACUGAAUUCACAAAAGUUAAAGAUUAUUUGGAGACAUCAACUCAUAAAUAGAAGGGGCCGUCUCAAAAACAGGUGAGACACAGUAGAUGUGAUGUGGUUAGAAAGUGACAGAUGCCUCCUCCCUCAGCAGCAGGAAUGCAUCAGCAGGCCGACACAUGUCCUGCUUUAGUCUCGUCAGUGGAUCACAAACCUCCGAGAGUCUGACAGAACAACAGCACUGCUGAGAGGACAUGAGAGGAUACCGAGGCGUUAAGUACACCUUGUUCAUCUUCUGCUACUUCUUUUGGGUUGUGAGUGCCAUACUUAUAGCAGUGGGGAUCUAUGCUAAGAUCGCCAGAGAGAAAGAUGUGGUUGACACCCUGACGGUUGAUCCCGCUCUUCUGUUGAUCGUCGUCGGCUCUGUGAUGUUCCUCAUCACGUUCCUCGGAUGUUUCGGGGCGCUGCGUAACACCAUCUGCCUGCUGAAGAUGUUUUUGGGACUCCUGGUGGCCAUUUUACUCUUGCAGAUCGCAGCGGCAUUCGUGGGAUACUUUUUCACUGAUACGGUGAUGGAGAGAACCGAGAGGCUGAUGAUGAAGGCAAUUGAACGAUACAGGGAGGACCAAGACCUGGAGAACGCCAUUGACUUCAUCCAGAAGAAGUUCCAGUGCUGUGGAGUUGAAAGCUAUAAAAACUGGUCCCGUAACGCCUACUUUAAGUGUUCGGACACCAACCCGAGUCUGGAGGCCUGUGGAGUUCCCUUCUCCUGCUGCAUUCGCUUGCAGAACCAGACUGUACUGAACACCAUGUGUGGUUAUGGGAUGCAGCAGCUGGAGGAGAAACUGGCCCGUCAGGACAUAUUCACCAUCGGCUGCCUGGAUAAAAUUGUCUGGUGGGCCAAACACAAUCUGCUUCUGGUGGCUGGUCUGACCGCCGGCCUGCUGCUGCUCGAGGUCUGCAUGAUAGCUUUGGCUGCUGGUCAGAUCUGCUGGAUAAAAAAAGUCCUACAGCAUCAGGAAAGAAAAGCAGCGCAAAGCAAAUCGGAGAGGAAGGAGAGCCUCUGGUUUCCUCCUUUUGCAGACUUUGAUGAUUAAUAAAACCAUUUGUUGAGAAA